CACGCACCAGUGGCUUUCCGGUAAGUCUGAAACACAAAUGGGUCGAAAGUAAUUGGUGGGCUGUAAAUAGGCGAGCAGCCAUACCAUUUGAGCAGAUGCUCCUUCAGUUAAUCAAGGCCUACAGGCAGAGAUAGGAAGGAUUCAUUGUUCAUCUGAAAGAGGAUAAAGUUCGUAGCGAUGACAAACAUUCGCUCCCUGGCUGGCCUCCUUGUUGCCUUCAGCAUUGUCCAGAGCAGCUGGCAGGUUCCUCUUCACGAUGUCUCAAGCUCAGAGACCGAUGACGAUUUAGUGAAGAGGCACUCCGAGGGAACCUUUACCAAUGACUACAGCAAAUAUCUUGAAGAUCGGAGAGCUCAGGACAUUGUUCGAUGGUUAAUGAACAACAAGCGGGACGGCUCUAUGGAAAAACGUCACGCUGAGGGGACCUUUACCAGCGACGCGAGUUCGUACCUCCAGGAUCAGGCCGUAAGAGACUUCGUGGCCGGGCUCCUGUCGGGACAGAUCCGAAGAGAAUGGGAUGUCACGAUGCAGGGUCAAAGGUUAAACCCGAGAAGGCACGUGGACGGAAGCUUCACCAGCGAUGUGAACAAGGUCCUCGACUCCAUGGCGGCCAAGGAGUUUUUACUCUGGGUCAUGACCUCUAAGUCUUCAGGGGGGAGUGAAAGAAGACAAGCCGACCACUGAGGAUGAGCGCUAUGUGAGGACGAUGCGCAGAAACAAAUAUGAGGAAACACAAGCCAUAAAAAAACGUAAUAUUCUUCCAUAGUUUUGAAAGCACCUCCAGAAAUAUUUUUUCUACGCAUUUAAAUUAUUUUCUAUUUAUAAAAGAUACAAAAAAAGAACACAAAAUACAAAGCUCAGGACUAGAAAAUAAAAAAAUGGAGUUGAAAUGAUUCAUCUCAGGAAAAUAAAUGUUUUC